AUGGACAUCUUUUCCAACAUUGGUGGGAAGCGACAUGGCCAUAAAAAGACGACCAACAAACAACAUGGCCGAUCAGCGUCAUCGCGACCACCACCGUUGACGACCAACUUUUCCCAACAGAGCAUAUUGAGUAUCCUGAGCACACCUCGUUCGACAUCGACGCAUGAGCACUCUUUGACUGAGAGUCCAGAGGACACACAGCAACAUGACUUCUCGCCUGGAUCAUCCACGCAUAGUCUACAAUCUGAAGGUGGAGGACGAUCUUCAUUAUCGAGUGGAAGGAAUCGACCCUCUGAUCAAGAGAUUGAACGCAUGUUUGCACAAGCAGCUAGCCGCCUCAAUUUGAAUCUAGGAGAUGCUGGUCUACGUGCAUUGCCAGUGGAUAAGAAAUGGUGGAUCCUUUGUAAUGAGAACCAAGGAGCUGCUGCUACUUCAACCUCAACUGCCGAUCGCACCAAAUCAUCAUCUCAUCACCAUCACCACCAUCACCCCACUACGCAUCAUAGCAACAAUCAUACCGAAGAUAAAUCAGCACCUGGUUAUUAUAUCCAGUCAUUCUCAUCACACAAGAAAACACAUCCAGCUGCACGCACGCUGUCUGAUUUGGCUGUGAGAUUAAGAACAAUGCCCCUAAGUUGGGUCCGUCAAUUUAUCCAAGAACGAGGGAUGCAGGUCAUCUCCAAGGAACUUACACGCAUCAAUCAGCAACAUGAAAGGAAAACAAAUGACUGCCAGCUUGAACUUGAGAUUAUCAAAUGCUUAAGAUCUAUGCUCAACAAUACGUAUGGUAUCCAAGAAGCACUUCACGCACCACAUUGUAUCCAAAGUUUGACGUCUUCAUUAUUGUCACCAUUCAUGUUGGUGCGGCGGAUGGCAUGCGAGGCGUUGACAUUCAUGUGCUACUGUGAACCACCAGCAGGCCACUCAGCUGUGCUCAAAGGAUUGGAAUUUACAAGCAAAGGAGAGACAUCAGGACGGUUUAGUGGUUAUCUGCAUGCAUUACUUGAAAUGUUGGAUGGCCGUGGGAAGAUGGGAUCGCGUGUUGGGGCAAGCAAAGCAUACAAGGCAUUGAAUAUGAAUGACGAUCCCGAAACCCAGAUGAUAGAAUAUGCAGUGGCCAAUAUGCUAUUGAUCAAUGCAUUGGUGGAUCCAGAUACUACAGAAGAUGUUGACCAACGAGUGACAUUGAGGAGCCAGCUAUACCAAGGUGGCCUUGAUCGCGUAUUUGCCAAGAUGAAUACUUUGAACAAUGAAUUGUUGGUUCGCAAGAUCAAGGAAUUCCAUCAAUUUGAGGAACGUGAUAAGGCUACCAUUUAUGGGGGACUUGUGAGUGGCGAUCAGGAGCCAAGUGACAUUUUGGAAAAGCUCAUCACUGCAACAAAUGGAACACGUGCCUAUCGCUCGCUACAAUGCAUAUUGCAACAACUGCUACUGCUACAGCAAGAUCCAAGCAAAAGAAAUCGUUGUUGGCAAGUGGUAGAAUCGUUAGUCAGUAGUAUGUCUGCUGAAUGUGAUUUGGAUGAUUUGGAGAACACGUAUGGUGUCAAUGUCGGGACUCUGAUAUCCAAAUUUGCCGAUGAGGAUGAAUUGAAUCGAGCACUACAAGAAGCUGAAGAUUCCAAGGCAAUGGCACAACAAGCUUUGGAACGUGAAGCAGAGCUCAAAUUACAAGUCGAUGCAAAGAGCGAUGGAUUAGUUGGGCAACUCAAAGUGAAGAACGAGGCACUAGAACGCAUGUUACGAGUCGCCAACCAAACCAACAGCGUGCUUCAGCAAAGACUCGGUGAUUUGGAAGUUGAGCAUCAGCAUACGUUGGAAGCCAUGGAUGCACAAAUCAAACGACUCUAUGAGACCAUCAAGAAAUUGACCGACCAUAAUCGAUCAUCACCUGACAGCAAGAACAAAGCGAAGAAAGCGGGAGACAUCAAGAUGUGGAAUGUCCCUAAUGCAGAAUACGAUCCAGAAAACAAAACGUUAUCGGUCGAUCCAAAUGAAGAGCCUAUUCCAGUGGGGCAAUCCAAAGGCCUAUCCGAGUCAUUUAAAAAGUCAUUGAGAUCCAAACUUGGUACACGUGUCAACACUUUGGUGAGACGAGGAGCUAGUGAGGAUGACAACAAGCAACGUCGAGGGAAUCUUGCACGAGUUUCAAGUCUUCGCAGCUUAAGGAAACAAUCAAGCAUAAAGGAUGAUACCAGCACUGAUGGAUCUAAGCCUGCAAAAGAAGAGGAGGUUAUUCAAGAUGAUACAUCAGCUGUGAGCAGCAAUCAAUCCAUCAACCAACCAAUGUCCAUUUCACCUGUUACAGCAGCUCCUCCACCACCUCCACCACCUCCACCGCCACCACCAAUGCCAUCAUCAGCAGAAUCUAUUGGUGUAUCUUCACCACCCCCUCCACCACCACCUCCACCUCCACCAAUAUUGCCUUCCGUUCAAGCAACAGCUGCUGCAACUCCUCCACCACCUCCACCACCACCUCCUCCUCCACCAGCAGGCUCUGGUUCCAAUCCAUCAUCACCACCACCUCCGCCACCACCUCCCAAUUCUGAUGCUAGCUCUAGUCCACAGAUACCAGGUAUUGGAUCGCCCACUAUAGCCACCACACUUGGCAUGGCCAGCCGUAAACCAUGUGCUUUUCAACCUAAGCAGCGUCGAAAUUUGUCGAAUGGGAAAAGAUGA